CAGUGAUUCAUUACCAUCCAUCAAAACGUACAGGAGGAGGUUUCGUGUCCCAGAACUCGAAGAGACAAUGACGGGAAGCAAGAUCAGGAGCUUCUUCCUUGGCGAAGCAGCCAAGUCGAAAGAAGAACGUCGACUCGUCCAAAAAUUAGACUUCUUCAUUCUGACAUACUGCUGUCUGAGUUACUUCUUUAACUUCCUCGAUCGUGCUGCUUUCGCCAAUGCAUAUGUCGCUGGCCUCCGCGAGGCCUUGGACAUGAGUGCCAAGGAUUACAAUACAGUUCUCUCCGUGACGACUGCGGGAAUGGCGGUUGGCCAGAUACCCCACGGUCUUAUUAUUCAGAAAAUCCCCCCAAGAAUAUGGCUCCCUUCAAUGGUAGUCGUCUGGGCAGGGUUGACGAUCACAAGCGCUGCUGUGAAAACAACUACCCAGCUCUGCGUGAUACGUUUCUUCCUAGGCUUGACUGAGGCCAGCACCUACGCGGGAACAAUUUACAUCAUUGGUUCGUGGUACAAGCCUCUGGAAAUUGCGAAGCGAACUGCGCUUUUCACGGCAUCUGGCCAGGUCGGAACUAUGUUUGCCGGAGUUAUGAUGGCUGCCAUAUACAAGGGCAUGGGUGGCAUGGGAGGCCUAGGAGGCUGGCAAUGGGUCUUCAUCAUCGACGGAAUAAUCACACUGCCCAUUGCUAUUUUUGGAUUCUUUUAUUUUCCUGAUAUCCCGGAAAACACAACGGCAAGAUACCUCUCGGAGUCCGAGAAGAAAUUAGCAACGGCUCGGUUGCCUCCUAUUAAGCCAGAUGGGCACAGCAUUCACCCGUGGUCCUUGAUGAAGCGUCUGCUUUUUACACCAACUUUCUGGAUUCUUGUUUUCUGGUCACCUGUCUGCGCUACCCUCGAGGCCUUCUCCGUGCAAAACAACUUUUUGAUCUGGCUCAAAUACCAAUCCGAUCAUUUUUCGCAAAGCCAAAUCAACACAUACCCGUUGGGUGUGCAAGCUGUGGGUAUUGUCUCGAAUAUGCUCGCUGCAUGGCAUAUGGAUGUUACGGGUACACGCAUCCCAAUGGCUGUUCUAGCCUGCAUGUUGCAACUUGUAUGCGCCAUCAUGCUGUUGGUCCCUACACUGCCAUUUGCUGGCACCUUUUUCGCCUUUUACCUAUCCGGAACUGCAUACAUGGUCAACCCAUUGAUCUUCGGAUGGGCCAAUAUCAUCUUGCAGCGCAGCGGGGACGAUGCUGUGCGCAGCGUCACUCUCUACUCCAUGAAUGUUGGGUCCAUGGUGAUGUACACGUUUUGGGGUAUCGUUCUCUACUCGGCUGCGGAUGCACCGUACUGGAAGAAAGGUUCCAUUGCUAUGAUCGUGUGUUGUUUCGUUAUGCUCGGGUAUAUGUGGGUUGUUCACAAGUUGGAUAAACACACCCUUCAAAAGUACUCGAACCCAACGCCUGACGAUACAGAGAACGUUCGUGAGAAGAACGAUAUAGAGUUGGAUGUGGCUGGACAUGAGACUACCAGGGACUCGAAGACCGCAAGUUCCUAGUGUUGGGAAGAUUUGGUGUGUCUUUUUGGGCCGCGAGCGAUCGAACGCCCGUUUCCCUCUCUGUGCAACAUACGACAGACAGAAUUUAUCCAGUAUUAAACAUCGGAUCAUAAAAUAUUAGAUUAGUCACAACGUGUUUUGUAGUCUAU